AUGGUGAGGGCCACGGUUUCGGAUUGCAAAUGGUGGCCAUGUAUUCGGAUCGCGUGGCCGAGUUCAAUCGCGAAUCAAAAUUGCGGGGAACACGGUUUCAGAUCGCAGAUUGUGGCCCAAGCAUACAAGCGCCGCGACAAAGCGACUAGUCACAUCCGACAGAAGUACACAUUCAAAAAGCGACUUUUGGUUCGAUGA